AUGUCCAUCAAUAUUUGCCGUUCUAACACGGAUCCUUUCUACCGUUAUAAGAUGCCUCCUAUCCAAGCCAAAGUGGAAGGUAAAGGUAAUGGUAUUAAAACUAACAUUAUGAAUGCCGCUGAUGUGGCACGUGCUUUGAACAGACCAGUCUCUUAUAUUAUCAAAUACUUUGGAUUUGAAUUAGGUGCCCAAACUACUAUCGAUGAAGCCAAAGAUAGAUAUUUAGUUAACGGUGUUCAUGAACCCGGUAAAUUACAAGACACUUUAGAUGGUUUCAUCAAUAAAUUUGUUUUGUGUGGCAGUUGUCAAAAUCCCGAAACUGAAAUUAUCAUCAAAAACGGCAGUGAUUUACAGAGGGAUUGUAAAGCUUGUGGUAAGAUUACUUCCAUGGAUCCAAGACAUAAGCUAUAUUCCUAUAUUUUGAAAAACCCUCCUGGCAGUGGUGGUUCUAGUUCUGGUUCUAAGAAGAGUAAAAAGAAAGCUGCUACUGCUUCUGCCAAUGUAGUAGGUGGCGGUGUUUCCAUUAGUGAUAUUGCCCAGGAAAAUCAAGGAAUUAACACAGAACUUAAUAAGAAAUCAAAAAACAAGGCAAAAGACGAUGAAGAUGACGAAUUAGCACGUAAAAUCAAUGCUGCUGCUUCCAACUUAGAAAAAAUAGAAGUUAAAGACGACGAUUGGGCUGUGGAUAUGAGUGAAGAAGCCAUUAGAAAGAGAGCUUUAGAAGGUAGUGGUGCUGAACCCUUAUCUCCAGAACUUGUUAAACUAGAGGAAUACGGCGAGUGGGCUGAUAACCAAGAGGAAUUCCCAAGCGAUGUUGAGUUAUACAAAAAGGCUGUUGAAAUGGAUUUAGUACAAGAUCCAAGAUUAGCCUGUGUUAUUCCACAGAUAAUGUUUGAAGAUGAAGAUAUAGUUUCUGAAAUUGCUGAACAUGCUCCCUUUUUUAUUAAGCUUAUUAAUAAUCGUCCUGAAUUUGAAAAACAUUUCUUGGGCGGUAUUGAAAGAUUUCUGGGUAUACAACAUCCGGAAUUAAUUCCUUUGUUACCUAAAAUAUUGGUUCAAAUUUAUAAUAAUGAUAUUUGUUCAGAGGAAUCUAUAAUGCAUUUUGGUACUACAUGUUCUAAAAAAUUUGUUCCAAAACCAAUCUCCAAAAAAGUUAGAAAAAGUGCUAAGCCAUUUAUCACUUGGUUGAAAUCAGCCGAAGAGGACGAUGAGGAAGAAGAUGACGAAUGA